AUGGGCCCUGCUGGCUGUGCCUUUCUACUAUCCCUUCUGCCAGGGUCUUGCCCAUGUUCUUCUCCCAAAAAGAAAGAUCUGCCAGUGUGUGGACACACUGUAUCCUGGAGCCUUGUUGUGGGUGGCCAGGAUGCUGUUGCAGGGCACUCGCCUUGGCAGGUCAGCUUGCACUUGGGCCAGAUCCACAUCUGUGGAGAUUCCCUCAUCAGUGUGAGGUGGAUACUGACAGCAGCACACUACAUGCAAAGGACCUGGAUUCCUUGGUUACACACUGUCUGGCUGGAAUUGAUUAAAAUAGGCUAUUCACAUAAAGGGAUAAAGCAUCAUGUAUCCAAAAUCAUCAUCCAUCCCAAAUUCCAAAAUACAACUGCAGACAUUGCCUUCUUGAAACUGGUCUCUAGAAUCACCUUCACUUCUUUCAUCCUGCCCAUCUGCUUGCCCAGUAUCACAAAGCAGUUAACAGUUCCAGGCUCUUGCUGGGUGAUUGGAUGGGGAAAAGUAAAGGAAAAUACUGAUUACCAUUCCAACCUCCAGGAAGCAGAAAUGCUCAUCACUGACUGCCAGGCUUGGGAACAACGCUACAACCCAAUAGGUUUCUCAUUGCCAGAAUUAGAGCAGGUCAUCAAAGAAGACAGGAUUUGUGUUGGUGAUACUCAUAAAAUGAAGGAUGGUUGCAAGGGUGAUUCUGGAGGGCCUCUGUCAUGUCAUAUUAAUGGUGUAUGGAUCCAGAUUGGAUUGGUAAACUGGGGAAUAAGAUGUGGUAAAUCUCUGCCUAGAGUAUACACCAAUGUGAUCUACUACCAAAAAUGGGUUAACACCACUAUCUCAAGAGCUGAGAUCUUGAGUGCCAACAAUCUGGACUUAUCUGACUUCUUGUUCCCUAUUGUACGGCUCUCUCUGGCUCUCCUGGGACCCUCCUGUGCCUUCGGGCCUAACAUUUUAUCAGGAGAGUAG